AUGAGGGCAAACCUGCUCCUCUCCACCUGCGUCGCGGCCACCGGCAUCGCCGCGCCCAUGGGCCUGUCCUUUUCCCUCGGUCCCAUGGCCGGCGCCACGCCGCUGCAGUCGUUCGCCGCCGGCGCUGCCCUGUGCGCGACGAGCCUGGGGACCACGUUCACGGUCCUCGGCACGAGCGGCCUGGUCUCGACGCGCCUGGGGACGGUGCUAAGCACGGCGGCGAUGCUGGACGACGUCGUGGGCCUCAUCAUGGUGCAUAUUGUGUCCAGCCUCGGCCGAGACGCCGCUAGCAUCGCCGCGGCGGUGAUCGUGCGGCCGGCACUGGUGUCCUUAGCCUUCGUAGUCCUGGGUGGCGGCAGCAGCAGCAGGUAA